CGCACAUUUCAUACUACUUUACCAGUAUUAAAACGUCGUCCUCAGGAAAUAAAGAAAAAAAACAUUGCGAAAAAAAAAUCUAAAUCAGAAGCCGAGAAGGCAUCGAUGCCUGAUCCGAUUGUCGGAGUUCCCACAGAAUUCACAAAAUCUUUACUUCGACCUUUAGACGUCUAUAAAGCGGCUGCUGAUCCAAAUGCACCUAAGUAUAUGAAUUAUUUUCUUGAUAAAAAAGAUGAAGAUUUGUUAUUUGAAAAAACACCAAAGAAAGUUGCCGAAGAAGCUGAAAAAUCACAUAAAAUUGAAAGGGAAAAAAACUCGAUAGGAUUGGUUGAAGAAAAAAAGAAGGCGGAAAUAUUGAAAUCAUUAGUUAGUUUGCAUAAUUCGAAUGCGAAAGGCAUUAUGAUGUAUAAUGUUAAAAAAACAGUUGAGGAAUUUGGUAGGAACGAGAAUGACACUGGAAGCGCAGAAGUCCAAGAUAAACACAAUAAUCGGGGUUUACGACAGUUGGUACAUAAACGUCAAAAACUUUUAAAGUAUUUAAAAAGAGAGAGUUUAGAAAGAUAUUUUACAACUAUCAAAAAACUUGGAUUGGAUGAAAGAGUAAUUGAGG